GAGAUGUAUAAAUGACAAUACUAUCGUUUACUACAUAGUGUUGUUAUGUAUCGAAACUCGUACUAGUGUAUAUGUAUCGAAACUCGCGAUAUCGAAAACGUGUUUAAAUUCUAACCUAACUUCAUUUGAUAAGGUUAACCUAUUUGAAUGGUCGGAAUAGGAAUGAAAUAAUGAAGUUUUUAACAAAUACAUCAUGCCGGAUGGUCAACAAAAUUUUAAGACGGUUGCAGUCGUCUUCUACGGUGUCUUCUACAACAUCUUCUAAUGUUGAUAUUAAAAUACCAGAUAGAAUAGAACGUGGACCAACAGAUAUUCUUAGGGCUUUGGAAAAAACCAUCUCAAGGGAUCUUUCUACUCCACAUUAUAAAUAUUUUAAUGAUCCAUUUUUAGUACCUACAUCCAAACAAGCUCAACGAAAUUAUGCAUUAUCUUUGGAAUCGGGUAGAAAAACAGCGAUAUGGGUUCAUAAAGAACAUGGUGAUUUAUUUAGAACCGAUAUUGCUGAUCCUGUUAUAGAGGAAUUCAUGCCACCAAUUGAGUAUAAAACAAAAGAUCAAGUCUCAGAAGAAAUAUUGUUAAAAACGAUAUCACAUGGAAAAACAACUGAAGCUUUACAUAUAUAUAACUUAUUGGAAGAAAAUGUAUCGAACAAAGCUAAACAAAAUCUUUUAGAAUUGUUAUGCUUUACUAAUAGUAAGGAUCUUUCCCAAUUUACUUUUCAAGAGGAAAGAUGGUAUAAGUUUUCAGAUGAUCGAAAGAAAAGAAAUACUUGGACUCAGACAGCAGAUAUUGAAAAACUAUUUAAUUUCUUGACGUCACAGGAUGCAGAAACUGCAGCUGCCGCAUAUAAUGCUGUAAUAUGCGGUAAAGCUAAGUAUUUAAAUAUACAAGAAGCUUGGCCGCUAUAUCUACAAUGUUGUGAAAAAAAGAUACCAUUAAACGUUAACACGUAUAAUGCAAUAAUAAAAAUAAUAUCAUUCGUGGCAGGACAUUCGACAGAUCCUGUUAACAUGACGUACAAAAUAUUGCAAGAUAUGAGUACGAAUGGUAUACGUCCCAAUUUAGGCACAUUGAAUUCAUGUUUGGAAAUAAUAUACUCAUUGAGAUCGUAUAAUUUGGCAGAAGAAUUUAUACAGACUUUAUUUAAAGAAUUUAACUCUAUAGGAAUAAAACCCUCGUUGGCUUCAUAUUGUUAUGUACUUCAUUUGGAAAGUAAAAAUGACAAUUCUGCAAUCUCUAUGUUAAAUGAUAUAAUAAAUGCAUUACAAAAGGAUAACCCUGAAUUACGUGAUCCAGCUGAUGUCAACUUCUUUCCUAUGGCUAUGGAAAUAGCUAAAAUGGAUACUAAUUUAAAAUUAGGAGAAAAAAUCCACGAUCUUCUUCUAAAAGAUAACAAUUACAAAUUUAUUGCCAAUGCGUAUUCUGAAAACAUUUAUUAUCGACACUACGUCUCCUUAAAAUUAGCAACGUUACCGAUAGAAAAAUUUUUCGAAUUUUAUUAUCAAUUAAGCAAACAUCUUUAUAUACCAGAACAAUCCAUUGUAGAAAACAUUUUGGAAACUUUAAAACUGCAAUCCAAUGAAAUAAUCAUAGAACAUUUACCAAAACUCUUGUCGCAAAUAUAUAUGUUCAAUAUGUUAUCUAACAGCAGAAUAGUAAAACUGACUCUACAAUUAACUUGUCAAUGUAAUUUGGAACAAGACUCGCCGCUUCAUAAAACAUUUGCAUCAUUUGCUUGGGAUUACUGGCAAUUUAAUCAAAAGAUAAAAUCUUCAGAUAUUAGAAAAUUUAUAUGGGAUAUUGAUAUUUUGAAAGAUAUAUUAUUGUUGCUCUUGCGUGAUGAAUGUCACAAUCAAGUGCAUGAAAUAAUAUCUUUCAUGAUACACAAUGAGAAUUUGAUAAUGGGUAAAUUAGAUGCGAUAAAAAUCAAUGAAUUGUUAGAAAUUUGUAUUUCCCGAAGUUACGGAUCAAUUGCCAUCCUUUUAAUUGAAUGGUCAACGAAAUCUGGUCUAAGAGAAACUGGCUCGAUGGCUAAAAAAGUAAAUGAUAUUGUUCCACUAACUGCAGUUGAGAAAGAGAAGUUGAUCAGUUUAGUGGGAAAUGAUGUACUUGAAUUGAAACUAUCUGAUUAGAACUAAUCCCUUAAGUGCAUAAUGAACAGUAGCCUCUGUGACCUUUUUAUUGUAUUAUACUAUCUAUAAAACCAUUGACUAUUAGAACAUUUUUCUCGUAACUAGAUAACACGAGCAGAUGAAUUCAUUAAAUGCACAUGUAUAUACAAUACAUAUAUAUGUGUUUUAUGAUUUUAUAUUUAUUAAUAAUAAAAAGAAAA